AUGUUUUCCCGUCGCUACGCUUCAACAUUCAUCACCACCAUCGAAUUUCGCACAAUCUUGAAUAAAAAUGAUGCAAUCGAGCUGAGUUAUCAUCCAAAAUCCGCAAUUCCGCUGGGCUCUUGCGGACCUCGUCAAAAAUCGCUGAUUCUUCCGCUCGUUUGGCUCAGGGAUCAUUGUCAAUCGGAGAAAUGCUACAAUUUGCCAACUCAUCAACGAAAAGCCAACGGGACGCAGAUAUUUUCGAAGAGUGCGGUGGAAAAUGUGAAAAAUUCGCAGGAUUCGAUAACUGUCAAAUGGAAAGAUGGACAUGAAUCGAUUUUUGAAGUUGAUAAUUUGAUCGAGAGAGCUUUAAAGGGAACUAAACCGCAAUCUUCUGGAUAUGUAGAACUUUGGGAUUCGAAAACUCUGAAAAAUAUACCGAAAAUCUCAAAAAUCGGUCUGGAGUUUAGGGAUUUUGCGAGAAAUUUGGCUAGAUUUGGAGUGGUUAUUGUGGAAAAUGUGAAAGAGACGGCUGAAGCAACGGAGGAACUUUGUAAAAGUCUUGUUCCGGUUCAUGACACGUUUUUUGGGCAGUUUUGGACGUUUAGUAACAGUGCGACUAAAGUGAGUUAGAUUUUAGAGGGAAAAUUUUGUGUUUUAAAAAAUAUUUGUAUUUUAUUCAAAUUUUCAAGCUGAAAAAAAAUUGCAGAAUUUCUCGGCUUCAAUUUUCUGUGUCUUUUGUUCAAUAAAAAAUAUGCUGUUUCAAAAAUUUGAUAGAAGGAUUUUUUAAAUUUUCAAAUUAUUGCUAUGUCGGUUCACGAAUUAAAAAUUCAACGUUUCAAAAAAAUUAUAUAAUUUUUAAAAGAAAUUUUGAGAUCAAAACUUCUCGCAGUUUUCAAUAUUUAUGAUUUUUAAAUUUUUUAUAUCCUUGAAAAAUUCACUGUUUCAAAAUUUUCAUAUACAAUUUUCAAGAUUUUAAUUUCAAUUUAACUUCACAUUUUUCACAAAAAAUAAAAUUGUUGUUCUUCCAAAGUUUGCAUUUUCUAUUCUUAUUUUAUUUGGAAAAUUGAAAAAAAUCACUGUUUCAAAAAAUAUUUGUAUUUUAUUCAAGAAAUUUAUCCAAAUUUUCAAACUGAAAAAAAAAUCAAUUUUGCAGAAUUUCUCGGCUUGAAAUCUCAAAAUAAUCUAAUUUUGUCUGUGUCUUUUGUUCAACAAAAAAUAUGCUGUUUCAAAAAUUUCAUAGAAGAUUUCUUUUAAUUUUCAAAAUAUUUCACUGUCAUUUUACCAAUUAAAAAUUCCCUGUUUCAAGAAAAAAUUAUAUAAUUUUUAAAAGAAAUUUUGAGAUACUUGCAAAACAAAUUCUGAAAGUUUCAAAAUUUUUCUUGAACAAUUCACUGUUUCAAAAUUUUCAUAUACAAUUUAAGAAAAUUUUAUUUUCAAUCUCUUCACAAUUUGUUCACAAAAAAUAAAAUUGUUGUUCUCCAAAAGUUUGCAUUUUCUGUUCUUAUUUUAUCUGGAAAAUUGAGAAAAUUCACUGUUUCAAAAAAAAUAUUUGUAUUUUAUUCAAGAAAUUAUUGCUAAUCAGAUGGAGAAGUUUCAAACUGAAAAAAAAAUUUGCAGAAUUUCUCGGCUUCAAUUUUCUUGAAAUCUUGAACUUCUCUAAUUUUGUCAGUAUUUUUUUUUUCAACAAAAAUUUGCUGUUUCAAAAAAUUUAAUAGAAGAUUUUUUUUUAAUUUUUAAGAUAUUGCAAGGUCGAAUCACGAAUCAAAAAUUCCCUGUUUCAAAAAAAUUAUAUAAUUUUUGAAAGAAAUUUUGAGAUGAUUUUUAAAUGUUUUAUGUCCUUGAAAAAUUCACUGUUUCAAAAAUUUCAUAUACAAUUUAAGAAAAUUUUAUUUUCAAUCAUACACCAUAUUUUUUUCUCAAACAAAAUAAAAUUGUUGUAAAAAGCGAGAAAAAUUCACUGUUUCAAAAAAAAUAUUUGUAUUUUAUUCAAGAAAUUUAUCCAAAUUUUCAAACUUAAAAAAAAUUUGCAGAAUUUCUGGGCUUCAAUUUUCUUGAAAUCUCAAAAUACAGGGUGACCAGAAAUUAUCCGUGCAAACUCAACCGGCCGUAAAAUAUUUAAAAACAUGAUAUUUUCCACAAAUUUUUUGAUUGAGCACCAAUCAAUAGAUAACUAUUUUAAAAUUAUCACAAAAAAUCGUGAUCAAAUUGAAAUCUUACUUGGACCUUGAGCGUCUGAUGUUGAUGUGUCAAAAAUUGGGCAAAGAGCCGCGGCUAGUGGUGUUAACAAUGUUGCCCCAUUUUUCGCUUCAACAACUGUGUACAUUCUCAAAACUAUUUUCACUUGUUCCUAAAAGGAUCUUAGACGACUUCUUCUGCCUUUGCCAAAAUGAAAUUAAAUUUUCCGACUUUGGGGAUGGUUUGGGCGGUCAUGACUCCCUCGGCCCCUUGUUUUUUACUGAUAAAAGUGUCAAAACCAACAACGAUUCACAACAAACAAUCAUAUUUGAACAUUUUCAUGUUUUCUCAGUCUGAUUUAACUUAAAAAUAUUCAUAAGACCAUUAAAGCUGAUGAAGACCUAACAUUUGGACCAAAACCAAAAAUUUACUUUCGCGAAAAAAAAUUUUUCUUUUUUUUUCAAUUUAUUUGGGCCUCUGAAGCUCAUCGAAUCUCAGGCCGCAAGGUUACUUGGAGUGGUAAUUUUUGAAAAAUAACAUCAUUAGAAGUUAUCUUACUCAUUUCAUAGUUGUCAAAAUACAAUUGGAGUUUUCCACGUACUAAACAAAGUCAAAACUCCACGCGGCCUUUCUCACUAUUUUAGAAAUCUGGUUUAAGGCCCAGAAAGCCCUGAAAAAAUCCUAAAAUCAACAUUCGUGAUAAUUUUGGAAUUAUUAUGCAUUUAUUAUUGUUAACAAAAAAUUUCUUUGAAAAAUAUCCAAUUUUGAAGUUUUUAUGACCCGUUUAGUUUGCACGGAUAAUUUCUGGUCACCCUGUACUCUAAAAUGAAAUUAUGUUUUUUUGUUCAACAAAAAAUUUACUGUUUCAAAAAUUUGAUAGAAGGAUUUUAAAAAUUUACAAAAUAUUGAAAUGUAGGUUCACGAAUUAAAAAUUCACUGUUUCAAAAAAAUUAUAUAAUUUUCAAAAGAAAUUUUGAGGUACUUUCAAACAAAUUCUGAAAGUUUCAAAUUUUUUCUUGAAAAAUUCACUGUUUCAAAGUUUUCAUAAAGAAUUUAAGAAAAUUUUAUUUUAUUGUUCUCUUUACAAAAAAUAAAAUUGUUGUAAAAAGCGAGAAAAAUUGUUUCAAAAUAUAUUUGUGUUUUAUUCAAGAAAUUUUUGCUAAUUAGAUGGAACAAGUUCAUCCAAAUUUUCAAACUGAAAAAAAAUUUGCAGAAUUUCUCGGCUUCAAUUUUCAUUGAAAAGUGACUUUUGUUCAACAAAAAUUUGCUGUUUCAAAAAUUUGAUAGAAGGAUUUUUUAAAUUUUUAAAAUAUUGCAAGGUCGAAUCACGAAUCAAAAAUUCCCUGUUUCAAAAAAUAAUGUAAUUUUAAAAAAAAUUUUGAGAUGAUUUUUAAAUUUUUUAUGUCCUUGAAAAAUUCACUGUUUCAAAAUUAUCAUAAUAAAAUUUAAGAAAAUUUUAUUUUCAAUCAUACACCAUAUUUUUUUCUCACAAAAAAUAAAAUUGUUGUAAAAAGCGAGAAAAAUUCACUGUUUCAAAAAAUAUUUGUAUUUUAUUCAAGAAAUUUAUCCAAAUUUUCAAACUGAAAAAAAAUUUGCAGAAUUUCUAGGCUUCAAUUUUCAUUAAAAAGUGUCUUUUGUUCAACAAAAAUUUGCUGUUUCAAAAAAUUUGAUAGAAGGAUUUUUAAAAUUUUCAAAAUAUUGCAUUGUCGUUUUGAGUAUCAAAAAUUCACUGUUUCAAAAAAUAUUUGUAUUUUAUUCAAGAAUUUUUUUGCUAAUUAGAUGGAGCAAAUUUUCAAACUGAAAACACAUUUGCAGAAUUUCUCGGCUUCAAUUUUCUUGAAAUCUUGAAAUUCUCUAAUUUUGUCAUUAAAAAAAGUGUCUUUUGUUCAACAAAAAAUAUGCUGUUUCAAAAAUUUGAUAGAAGAUUUCUUUUUAAUUUUCAAAAUAUUGCAUUUUCGUUUUAAGAAUCAAAAAUUCCCUGUUUCAAAAAAUAAUAUAAUUUUUAAAAGAAAUUUUGAGAUACUUGCAAAACAAAUUCUGAAAGUUUCAAAAUUUUUCUUGAAAAAUUCACUGUUUCAAAGUUUUCAUAAAGAAUUUAAGAAAAUUUUAUUUUAUUGUUCUCUUUACAAAAAAAUAAAAUUGUUGUAAAAAAGCGAGAAAAUUCACUGUUUCAAAAAAAUAUUUGUAUUUUAUUCAAGAAAUUUUUGCUAAUUAGAUGGAACAAGCUCAUCCAAAUUUUCAAACUGAAAACAAAUUUGCAGAAUUUCUCGGCUUCAAUUUAAUUUUCAUUAAAAAGUGUCUUUUUGUUCAACAAAAAUUUGCUGUUUCAAAAAUUUGAUAAAAUGAUUUUUAAAAUUUUCAAAAUAUUGCAUUGUCGUUUUGAGUAUCAAAAAUUCCCUGUUUCAAAAAAAAAAUAUAAUUUUUAAAAGCAAUUUUGAGAUCAAAACCUCUCGCAGUUUUCAAUAUUUAUGAUUUUCGAAUUUUUUUAUGUCCUUGAAAAAUUCACUGUUUCAAAGUUUCCAUUUACAAUUUUUAAAAAAAUUGUAUUUUCAAUCAUUAAAAUUGUUAUUCUGCCAAAGUUUUCAAUUUCUGUUCUUGUUUUAUUUGGAAAAGCGAGAAAAUUCACUGUUUCAAAAAAAAUAUUUGUAUUUUAUUCAAGAAAUUUUUGCUAAUUAGAUGGAACAAGCUCAUCCAAAUUUUCAAACUGAAAACAAAUUUGCAGAAUUUCUCGGCUUUAAUUUUCAUUAAAAAGUGUCUUUUUGUUCAACAAAAAUUUGCUGUUUCAAAAAAUUGAUAGAAGAUUUCUUUUAAUUUUCAAAAUAUUGCUAUGUCGGUUCACGAAUUAAAAAUUCACUGUUUCAAAAAAAUUAUAUAAUUUUCAAAAGAAAUUUUGAGAUUGAUAAGCUUGCAGAACGAAAUAUUUAUGAUUUUUAAAUUUUUAAUGUCCUUGAAAAAUUCACUGUUUCAAAGUUUUCAUAAUAAAAUUUAAGAAAAUAUUAUUUUCAAUGAUACUAACAAUAAAUGUUCUCACAAAAAAUAAAAUUGUUGUAAAAAGCGAGAAAAUUCACUGUUUCAAAAUAUAUAUUUGUAUUUUAUUCAAGAAAUUUAUCCAAAUUUUCGAACUGAAAAAAAAAUUUGCAGAAUUUCUCGGCUUCAAUUUUCUUGAAAUCUUAAAAUACUCUAAUUUUGUCAGUAUUUUUUGUUCAACAAAAAUUUGCUGUUUCAAAAAUUUGAUAAAAUGAUUUUUAAAAUUUUCAAAAUAUUGCAUUGUCGUUUUGAGUAUCAAAAAUUCACUGUUUCAAAAAAAUUAUAUAAUUUUCAAAAGAAAUUUUGAGGUACUUUCAAACAAAUUCUGAAAGUUUCAAAAUUUUUCUUGAAAAAUUCACUGUUUCAAAAUUAUCAUAAUAAAAUUUUCAAGGGUUUAAUUUCAAUUUCACUUCAUUUUUCACUGUUUCAAAAUUUCCAAAAAAAAAAUAUUUCAGGACGAACCAGCCUACGAAGACACCGCCUAUGGAAAUGAUGGAAUUGGUCCACACACAGACGGCACAUAUUUCGACCAAACUCCAGGAAUUCAAGUGUUUCACUGUCUACAACCAGCUGAAAAUGGCGGAAAAACUGUGUUAGUCGAUUCUUGGCGCUGUGCCAACGAUCUCAAAAAAGAGCAUUUCGAGAUUUUGAGCCAUGUCAAAAUCGGUCAUCAUUAUUUGGAGGGAACACCGGCUGGUUCAUCGAUUUAUAGUUUGAGUGAGGAAAAACCGGUGAUUGAGGUGGAUUCGAGUGGAAAUAUCAAGCAGAUUAGGUGAGUUUUGGGGAAAAAUGUUGAAAAAUGUUUUUUUUAACAUUGAAAGAUCAAAAGUCGUAGGUCAAAAUUAGUUUUUGCGAGUUUUUCAGCCAAAAAUGAUGAAAAAUCGAUAUUUUUCAAGCUUCUGGAGUAAUUUCUGAUGAAAAUUGACCUUGGAAUUCAUUUUCCAGAAGGUUUUGCUGAUUUUUCGUAAAAAAAUGCAUAAAAUAAAGCGAAAUAUGGUUCUCGGAGCUCAUUUUCAUCAAAAAUCACUCCAGAAGCUUGAAAAAUAUCGAUUUGUCAUCAUUUUUAGCUGAAAAUCAAUAUUUUUCAAACUUCUGGAGUAAUUUCUGAUGAAAAUGUGCUUUGCGAACCCGAUUUUGCUGUAUUUUUUCGAAAUUCAAAGCAAAACCCUUCUGGAAAGUGAAUUCCAAGGUCAAUUUUCAUAAGAAAUUCCUCCAGAACCUUGAAAAAUAUCGAUUUGUCAUCAUUUUUGGCUGAAAAUCAAUAUUUUUCAAGCUUCUGGAGUAAUUUCUGAUGAAAAUAAGCUUCGAGAACGCUAUUUCGCUUUAUUUCACGAAAAAUCAGCAAAACCUUCUGGAAAGUGAAUUCCAAUGUCAAUUUUCAUCAGAAAUUACUCCAGAAGCUUGAAAAAUAUCGAUUUGUCAUCAUUUUUGGCUGAAAAACUCGUGAAUUGA